AUGGAGGAUGGGAUUUUGCUAGUGUGUACCCAUGGACAGACCAGUGUUCUGUUUUGGUUGCAUCGUGGUGUCACGUUUGCACAGAUUGUUGACGACAUUUGUGGGAAAUUUGAUGGGUUGGUCCCGGGGGUGGUCUGUUUGUUGUUCGAUGUUCCGAGGUAUAAGAGGUUUAAGGUGGUUAGUGAUGAUGACAUUAACAACAUGUUGUGUCUGGGUAAAUCGUUCGGGCUUAAGCACAUUGAGGUCAUCGUUCAGGCUCCAAGUGGUGGGGUGGGUGGUAGUUGUGGUUUGCUGGAUUCCACGGAUGAUGGUGGGAAUUAUCAAGAUGAUAUUCGGAUUUCGAGUGUUGAGGAUCAAUCAGAUUUGUUACCGACAUACUGUCCUAAUAGGUCAAAGACAUUUCUGUCGGUUCAAUGGGCGUAUGGGAUUACCCAUGUGGGACAAUGUUUUGAUGGGGGAGCAAAUGAAUUCCGAGAAGUUUUAUGCAAGUACGCCGUGGAACGUGGAUUCCAAUUCAAGUAUGUUAAAAAUGAUUCGGUUCGAAUUACUGCAGUGUGCAAGUUUGCAGGGCAGAUAGGGUGCAUGUGGUCAGUUCAUGCGAGGAUGUUACCAUCAACGGGGGUGUUAUGCAUUAAGAGGUUCGAUAGUGUUCACUCUUGUGGUGCUGCUGUGCGGACUUAUAGGAACCCACGUACGGGUUCUGAAUUGGUGUCUACUGUUGUUGCGGAUCAGGUGCGCGAUCAUCCAUUGACCCAUCCUGCGGAUGUGGUGUUCGAUUUGAAAAAAAAAUAUGGAUUGGAGAUUAGUUACCGUGUGGCAUGGUUGGGUGUUGAGAAAGCGAUGGGUGAAGUGUAUGGGGAUCAUGCUAUGUCGUUUGACCAACUUUGGUGGUAUAGUGAUUCCGUAAUGGAAAAAAAUCCAAACAGUUACAUUAACCUUGAAUUUGAGCACCAAACAGGGAAGUUUAUUCGGUAUUUUAUAUCGUUCCGUGUGUGUAUAGAUGGGUUCAAUCAUUGUCGGCCUUUGUUAUUUUUGGAUGGAACGUUUUUGAAGGGGAGAUUCAAAGGUAAUUUGUUUGCCGCUACAGCGAAAGACGGCAAUCAAGGAUUAUUUCCUGUGGCAUUUGCUGUUGUUGAUUUCGAGAAUGCAGUCAAUUGGGAAUGGUUUCUACGAAAUUUGAAACAAGUUGUCAGUGGUGGCCGAACAUUAACGUUCAUAUCUGACCGUCAUAUUGGACUGUUGCAGUGUUUGCCAAAUAUGGAAGUACUCAAGAAAUGUAGCCCGGCUGUGAUUGAAGGUUUUAUGAAGGACUUGGACCCCAAACAUUGGUCUAAUGCGUAUUUCAAGGGGCAAUGGUAUGGUGAGAUGUGCUCGAACGCUGCUGAAUCUUUCAAUAAUUGGGUUAAUGAUGCGCGUCAUCUUCCCAUUACUCGUCUAGUUGAUAUGGUAAGGGGUCAAAUCAUGGAACAGAUGGCAGAACACAGAGUUAAGGGCAAUACAUGGGCUAGUAUAUUAUGCCCUAAAAUGGAGAAGAAAUUGGCGAUGGCGUUUAACGAUAGCAGGCCAUGGUGUGUUAGCCAGGCUAAUGACGAGGUGUACGAGGUUCACUCCAACCCGUCGGUGUUGGUCGAUGUGGGUAGGCAUACGUGUUCCUGUUUUCAGUGGCAGAUAAAUGGGUUCCCAUGUUCUCAUGCCGUUGUUGCAUUCCGUAAUAGCAGGAGGAAUAUUUACGAUUCCAUAGAUCGAGCAUUUCACAUUGACACAUUUCGCGCUUCAUAUAGUGGAACAAUUUAUCCUAUCCCUACCGUGGAGAAGCCAAAUGUCAACGCAGCUGAAUAUAUGAUAGCACCGCCAACAGUCAAGCGUUCACCGGGUAGGCCCAAACGAAAGAAGAUUCCAUCUAAGGGCGAGGUAGUUCAACGUAUUCGGCGUGGGCGUUGUGGAAAAUUCAGCAACCAUAACAGGAAGACAUGCAAAGAGCCGAUAUAG